UUGAAAAGAGCGAUCGAUUUGGAUGUUUUGGAUAUGCGGGAGACGCAUUUAUCAUUUAUCAUCCAUUUUUUUUAUCAGCAAUAGUUCUUCACCACAAUAAGCAUUAGGCAGGCAAGAGAACGUACAGUGGCAUCCCAGUAAUUAGAAAUCGGAAAACAGCACAGCGUUCAAGAGCAAGGGAAGCAGAUUAGAUAAGGCGGUCUUUGUCGGAUUGUCGUCAUCGCUUCGUCAAAUCGACCGCAAGCGGCAGGUCAAUCAAAAGAGGUAGUAUCCCAAGAUGGCUCAGAGCAAAAAGUUUGGCGAUUUGGUUGGGUCUAUCGACGAGGGAACCAGUUCGGCACGGUUCAUUCUAUUUCGGGCGGAAACUAGUGACAUUGUGUGCUACCAUCAGAAGGAGUUGCGCCAAAUGUAUCCCCAGGAAGGCUGGGUAGAGCAAGAUCCGAAGGAAAUUCUUUCCGUAGUAGAGGAAUGUAUCGAGAAGACAAUCGAAAAGCUGCAAGAACUCGGUGGCAAUCCACAGGACAUCGUGGCAGUCGGAGUCACCAAUCAACGGGAAACGACAAUCGUAUGGGACAAGACUACGGGAGAGCCGUUGUACAAUGCUAUUGUGUGGUUGGAUAUGCGAACUUCCACCACCGUUGAUCAACUCCUGGAGACCGUUCCCAAUAAGACGAGGAACAAGAAUUAUUUAAAACCGCUGUGUGGAUUGCCGUUGUCGCCAUACUUUUCGGCCGUGAAGCUUCGCUGGUUGAUCGAUAAUGUACCAAAGGUAAAAACGGCCAUCAAAAACGGUAACUGCCUAUUCGGUACGGUAGAUACAUGGCUGAUCUGGAAUCUAACCGGCGGUGUGGACGGAGGCGCUCAUAUCACGGACGUAACGAAUGCUUCCCGUACCAUGCUGAUGAAUAUCGAAACGUUGCGUUACGAUAAAACCUUGGGCAAAUUUUUCGACAUUCCAUUCGAUAUUCUUCCAGAGAUACGCUCCAGCUCAGAAGUAUAUGGUACCAUUUGUCUAAAAGCACUGGAAAACGUUCCGCUAAGCGGCUGUUUAGGAGAUCAACAAGCUGCUCUGGUUGGUCAGCAAUGUCUUACAAGGGGUAAGGCGAAAGCCACGUACGGCACGGGAUGCUUUCUGCUGUAUAACACCGGAAAUGCUCAGAUUGAUUCCAACCACGGUUUGAUCACAACCGUUGCCUAUCAAAUGGGUCCGGAAGCUCAGCCGGUAUAUGCCUUGGAGGGGUCUGUUGCCAUAGCGGGCGCCGCUCUAGGGUGGCUACGGGACAAUAUUAACAUUAUCAAUAGUGCCAAAGAAUCGGAAGAGGUGGCAAAGUCGGUUGAGAACAAUGGUGAUGUGUACUUUGUACCGGCCUUCAGCGGUCUGUAUGCCCCUUAUUGGAACCAAGAAGCACGAGGCGUGAUCUGCGGUAUUACAGAGGAUACCCAACGUGGGCAUAUUGUACGAGCAAGCUUAGAGGCUGUCUGCUUCCAGGUGCGAGACAUUCUGGAUGCAAUGAACAAAGAUUGCGGAUUUCCGUUAAUCAAGUUGAAAGUUGAUGGUGGAAUGACGGCAAACUCGUUGCUUACCCAAUGGCAGGCGGAUUUGAUUGGACUGGAAGUGCAACGCCCGGCGGUGGUUGAAACGACAGCUUUGGGUGCUGCAAUGGCUGCGGGACGAGCUGUCGGAUGCUGGGACAUCGAGAACGUCAGCGUUGAAAGCAAUUGUAUCUCAUUCAAGCCGAUGAUCUCCGACGAUGAAAGGGACAUGAGAUACAGCAAAUGGAAGAUGGCUGUUGAACGCUCGUUCGGUUGGGAUGGAAACUCCAUGAUGUGAAAUGUGUACUUACCUAAACAGGAGGUUUUCGAUUAGAUAUUUUAAGUGAAAAUGCAUGUUUAUCCUAUUAACACAAAUAUUAUUUUAUUUUAUUUUGACUUUUACAUUUUGCCAUAUACUUAAGAGAAUUAAUUCAAAGAUGGAGGACAAUCAAGGAGGAAUUUUAUUGUUGCCGCAGUUCUCUAUCCGGUUGUUCAGUUGAUGUUUAUUAAUAAAAUUGAAUAAAGUUAGAUGGUGCUACACCAAA